GGUGUCAAUAUGGCUAUGAAUUGUUACAAAUGCAAAAAUCAAUGUACUAUGAAGUAUUUGGUUUUCCAUGUGAUAUUUGUAGAGCAGUCGUUUGUGCCGAUUGCGCUGAUAUUAGCCCUUCAGAAGUUCGUGUCAUGAUAAUGAAAUCAAGGUCGUUAUUCCUCUUCUGUCCAGAUUGCAUUGUUAAAUCAAAAAUAAUAAUCUUGACGAAGCCUUGAAAAAAGCUCAAAUCGGAGAAGUAGAAAAAAUGCUGAAGAAGGUGGAAGAUGAUGUAAAGAAAAUGAAGCUG